ACACACAAGCUUGACUUGUCGGGUAUUUAUAUUAAUAAUAACAUGCAUUGUAGGUACAUAUGUUUGUAACGUAGUGUGUUCGGUGUUUAAUUAACAAAAAUAAUAAUAAUAAAAAUGGCUGCUCAAAACUCAAGUUUAUCAAAUGAUUUUUCGGAAAAAAAAGAAGAUGAAUUUAAUGAUUUUUACACUGAAGUAAAAGAAAUUGAAAAACGUGAUAGUGUUUUAACGCCUAAACAACAAAUUGACAGAUUACUCCGUCCAGGUUCAUCAUACUUUAAUUUAAAUCCAUUUGAAGUUUUACAAAUAGAUCCAGACACAGUUAUUGAUGAAAUUAAAAAAAAAUAUCGUCGUAUGUCAAUUUUGGUACAUCCAGAUAAAAAUCAGGAUGACGCGGAUCGUGCUCAACAAGCAUUUGAAAUUGUAAAUAAAGCGUGGAAGACGCUUGAAAAUGAGGAAACGAGAGCUAAAUGUAUGGAUGUUAUUGAGGAGGCUAAAGCGCGUACGGAUCACAUGAUAGCGGAAAAAAAGAAAAAAUUAAAAAGAGAAAUAAAAGAUAAUACGAGUAGUGUACCAAUGUUAGAAGAAGAAUCAGAAAAAGGAUAUAGACAUGCUGUUUGGGUUAUGACGAUGAAAUUAUUUGCUGAUAUGGAGCGUAGAAGACGAGAAUUAGCGACGAGAGAUGCAGAACAACGAAAACGAAAACGUGAAGAAGAACUUUCAGCAGAAGCACAAGCAGCUAUUGAAAAAGAAUGGCAAAAAAAUUUUGAAGAAUCAAGACAGUCACGCGUUGACAGUUGGAAAGCUUUUCAAUCAAAAUCUGGUACUACUAAUCAAAAGAAGACUAAAAAAUUAAAAUCUUUUAAACCACCAAAAACGAAGGCUGAAUCGCGGUAAUUAAUUAAUUAUUUUAUGAUACUACCGUGUUGUUUUUAUACAUCACAGACUUUAACUAAUUCUCAAAUACUUUAAUUUGAUUUUUUUUUUUUUCGUCUUUAAUGAAUAUAGUAACGUUUAAUUACAAAUCAUCUGCUUUGCCUGCAUGGCUAAUCCUCUUUAUUCAUUUUCCAUAUAUAUAUAAUUGACGUUAAACAAACUCAAGGUUCUAAAAUUAAACUGAUUGAUUUAUUAGUUUAUUGCGCUGGUUAAAAUAAUUUAGUAUUUUAAUGUGUAUAUGAUGAAAAAGAAAAAAAAAUAUAAAUAAAUACCAAAUCUUAUUUAAUUUAAAUAACAAAUACAAUACACGUACAAGGUAAUGUGUGUAUCGCUGUGAGAGUGCGUACAAUUGGUAUAUAUAUAUAUAUAUAUA